AUGCAGAUUUUCGACGAUACAGUGCCGUUCGAACCACAAUCCCAACUACAAUAUGAAGAAGAAGAAGGGGAGGAUUCCCUCUGGAUGGAAAUGAAUGAGAGUGAAAUGCGGGAGUUGGAGGAACGCGCCAGGCGUAAAGUCCGUCGAAAUGCCGUUGUGAGUGAAACUGUUCCUUACAAACACACAUGCCACCCAUAUCCACACCCAAAGACAAGAGAAGAACGUGCAAUGCUUAUGCACAUGUUGAAUUGUCUUCCAUUCUUCACACAUCUGCCGGAGUAUCGACUGCACAUGAUUGUAGAUGCCUUUGAACGGUGUGUAGUGGCCCCUGGAAAGGCCAUAAGAUCUGUAAAAGAUGAUAUCAAUAAUGAGUUUUGUUGGAUUGAACGGGGGACGGUUAUUUCUAAUGGUUGUUCGCCUUCUUGUCCGUGUUGUUAUGAUCUUAACAAGGAUGAUAAUGACGAUGAUGAUGAUGAUGGUAUUCGAACAGCACCUAAACCGUGUAGUCCAGCCAAGAGUAUGGACGAAAUGAUGGAUGAGGGGAUAUUGAUUCCUUUAACUCCUCCCAAUCACGAAGGAGAGGUUUUUUCUAAUAAUGAGAAUGAUAUGAAUAAUAAUAAUAAUAGUAAUAGUAAUAAUAGGGAUCUUGUUGUAGUGAAGGAAGACUCUCUUUUUUGGCAUGCGGGGGAGUUCUUUUGUCCAGAGCAAUUACUGUAUAUGUACAAUCCCCGUGUGGAUCAUGAUAUGAUACGAUGCGCAGCGCCUUCUGUUAUUCCCGCAACUAAAAGUAUAUUAUCUGGUCAUUCUCAACACUGUAGAAGUGUUAUUUUAUGGAAAAUCAAUCGUAUUGUAUUAAAAACUAUUCUCAUGAUGGAUGCUCUGCGGCGGGAACAGAAAUUAUUGACUCUUCUUAAUAGUAACACUUUCUUAUUUGCUUUACCAAAGCGGGAUAAACUACAAAUAGCAGAUGCAUUGAUAAUGGAAACACAUCCACCGGGAACGUGUCUAUUGCAGGAAGGCACCAUACCUGAUAGUGUACUCUUCAUCGAUACAGGAAUUGUAGAGGUUACACGGAAAGGAGAGAAGAGCAUCACAGCACACUCUCGCUUUCUCGGUCGUAAAGCCUGCAUUGGUGUGGCUGUAUUAGAGAGAAGUAGUGGAGAUAAUAAUAAUAAUAAUAAUAAUAAUAAUAAUAAUAAUAAUAGUAAUACAGAGAAAUCUCUCUUUACUUAUACCACAUACUCUCACACCACAUGUUAUCGUUUACGGUAUUGUGAUAUGAAACGUAUUCUCAGUCCAUCUGUACUGCGUUCACUUGCAAAUGUACGCCGUCGCUCUGCAGAACGAGAACAACAUGAGGAACAGCGGGAGUUAAUAUUGUUAGAAGAACAAUUAGAGAGUCAACGAGAUGCCGCCUCGGGCUCCAGUUCUGAAGUUUCCUACACAGAUGAUAUGUGUCCUGUGUAUGUAAAGACCCCAGAGGAUGAUGUGAAGUUGCAGCAACUCCUCUCAUCUUCACAUGUGUAUGGAAGUGCCACUUCUAUGCAGCGGGGACUCGCCGUGGCCGCAUUUUCCCCACGGAAAGAACUCCCAUUUGGAUAUGUACUCUACAGUGAAGAUCCCACACUGCAGGAGGAGAAGAAUGAGGAUGAGAAUUACAAUAGUAAUAAUAGUAAUAAUAAUAGCGUCCAUCAUGAUAAUAACAGCAGGGAUGGGAGACGGCCUCCACAGUGUCUCUGGGUGAUUGCAGAUGGUGAGAUCAGUAUUACACAGCGUGGGGUGUUGAUUGCCAAACACAAAAGUGGCGAUGCCGUUGGGGAGGAAUUAUUAUUGCAGAAGCGACUGGCCACACCGGCGACUACAGCCACUAUCACCAGUCUCACCUGUUCUCUCUACACACUGGAUCGAAAGACAUUCCGUUGUCUUCUCAUGCCGGCGUAUCUGCGGGUUGUGCAGUCGCAGCGGCCGCUUCUCAUCUCCACACCACUCGCCUCCCGACUCGGCCGGACGGCGUUGAUGUUGUUGAGCAGUCGAGCCGCGGCCCGAAUGUGGAUGCCGGGGGAAGUGAUAUUGCCGCAGGGAUCGGAUGUGAGUUACGUCGAACUCGUGCUGGACGGCGUGGUGGAAGUAACACUUUGGCAGGAUAUGAAUAGUGAGAGGGAUCAUCGUAAUAUAGACAGGGCGAAGAAAAAACAACAACAACAACAACAGCAGGGAAACAAAGAAGAAGAAGAAAAAGAAAAAGAAGAACAAGUGAGAGGACCACCAAUGCGAAUGGUUUCCACACUAACCACGGCAGAUAUCAUUGGUGCAUUGGAGUUACUUGAAAAAUGCCGCCCGGCUGCUGCCUGUUAUAUCGCACGUUCACGUGUGCACACAUUUCGAAUUCCCGCCGCGUUUUUUGUUGAUUGUUGUUUGCAAUCCCCCGCCGUGUUGGAGUAUUUAACGGAAUUGCGGCAAUCCAACCGCUAUGCUCUUCAGUCUUCAGAGCCGCAGCUGCAGCAGAACCGGAGUAAAGUAAAAGAGCUGAUGUUAUAG